GCACAAUUUCAACACGUGGCAGAAGAGUGACGUUAGCUGGUAGCAUACACACAAACCCCCAAAUACUUACUCAUCCAUGGCUGUCUCAUUGCGGGUCACGACCAACUAGACACCUCCCCUUGCAAUUCCCAAACGCCAGCCCCCGAAGCCUCUAGAAGCAGGAGACUUUUUUGCAUGUGAGAAUCUGCACGUAGCAUUCAGACUUUUAGGAAUCCAGCCCUUUACCACCAGAUGGCCAACAGUGCGCAGAAACAUCACAGAUAGGACGAACUACCAGACUCCCUGGUUAUCUUCUUACCGUUGACUACACCGAGUCAGGUUUGAGUUGAGACUUCAGAGGACCAAGCGGCCACGGGACUGGUGCAGGGGACACAUUUCUGCUACAUGAUGCUGUGGUUUAGGAUGGAGCUGCCAUGUUGGUGUUUAUUGUUGCUGAGCUUUCUGCAGUCGCUCUCUGCCAACAAUGAGUUCUUCUCCUCCAUAGGCCAGAUGACAGAUCUGUUGUACACAGAAAAAGACCUUGUCACCUCUCUAAAGGACUACAUCAAAGCGGAGGAGAACAAGCUUGAGCGGGUGAAACAGUGGGCUGAUAAAUUGGAUUUGUUGUCAGCCACAGCCAUACAGGACCCAGAGGGCUACCUGGGGCACCCUGUCAAUGCCUUCAAACUGAUGAAGAGGCUGAACACAGAGUGGGGAGACCUGGAGAGCCUUGUACUCAGUGACACCACUGAUGGAUUUAUUUCCAACCUGACCAUCCAGAGACAGCACUUCCCCACAGAUGAGGACCAGACUGGAGCGGCUAAAGCUCUCCUCCGGUUACAAGACACGUACAAACUGGAUGCCAACACCAUCUCUACAGGAGACCUACCUGGAGUGAAAUACAAGAGCCUUAUGACAGUGGAGGACUGUUACGAACUGGGGAAAAUCGCCUACUCUGAUGUCGAUUACUACCACACAGAGCUGUGGAUGGCCCAGGCCCUGAAACAGCUUGAACAAGGAGAGGAGUCCACUUUAGAUAAGGUGACAGUGCUUGACUACCUCAGCUACUCCAUCUACCAGCAGGGGGAGAUACAUCGAGCCCUGGAGUACACCAAGAAGCUGCUUGAACUGGACCCAGAGCACCAGCGUGCCAAGGGCAACCUAAAGUACUUUGAAUUCCAGUUGGAGAAGCAGAAAAAGGAUGCAGAAGAUGGAGCUCAAACAGAGAAAGAGCAAGGGAAAAGAGAUAUAACUGAAAAGAAAGAGAAGCCCAAAAAGAAGGUCCCCAAUCAUCUGCUUCCAGAGAGGACGAAGUAUGAGAUGCUUUGUCGUGGGGAGGGCAACAGAAUGACCCCCCGCAGGCAGAGCCGGCUGUUCUGUCGUUACUAUGACAACAAUCACAACCCUAUGUAUGUGCUGGCACCUGUCAAACAGCAAGAUGAGUGGGACCGCCCCUACAUUGUCCGCUACCUUGACAUCAUGUCUGACAAAGAAAUGGACAAGGUCAAGCAACUGGCGAAGCCCCGAUUAAGGCGAGCCACGGUGCAUGACCCUCUAACUGGGAAACUUACCACUGCCCAGUACAGAGUCUCUAAGAGUGCUUGGCUCACUGGCUAUGAAGAUCCAAUGAUUGAUAAGAUCAACCAGAGAAUUGAAGAUCUCACAGGGUUGGAAAUGGACACUGCAGAAGAGCUGCAGGUUGCAAAUUAUGGCGUUGGAGGUCAAUAUGAACCUCACUUUGACUUUGGAAGGAAAGAUGAACCAGAUGCCUUUAAAGAGCUGGGAACAGGGAACCGCAUAGCAACAUGGCUCUUCUAUAUGAGUGAUGUAGCAGCAGGUGGAGCCACAGUAUUCCCAGAUGUUGGUGCAGCAGUUUGGCCCCAAAAGGGCACUGCUGUGUUCUGGUACAAUCUGUUUCCGAGCGGGGAGGGAGACUACAGCACCCGACAUGCAGCCUGUCCAGUGUUGGUUGGCAACAAGUGGGUAUCAAACAAAUGGAUCCAUGAACGGGGCCAGGAGUGGCGACGACCUUGUUCUCUAAAUGAAACUGAAUGAUGGAAAAAGAAAUCCUCGCCAUCACCUCCCUGGCCCUCUCUCUCCUUCCUUGUGAACCACCCAGGACCAAAGAACACUGCUGCAGAUCACAGAUGAUACAUAUGAAUACAUGGGGUCCAAAUGGCUCACUCCCUCUAUAAGUACUACUUUUUCCCCCCCAGCUGUUAUGCUCUGAGCCCAGAGAUUGUUUGGGUUAAUGUGGAGCCCCUGGACAGUAUUAGCAUCACUGUGACAAAUAACAUGUUCUUCAUGUUGUUGAAUGGUUUGGAAACACUCCUGCUCUUUACACUCCCAUGUGGCUGUCUUUGCACUCUGUAUGAACUCUAGCUCUGUGGUGAGGUUCUCCUUCUGUAGUGGCUGUAGGGACCAGCUUCCUCCCUGCAAGUUUGAACCUUAAAGGUACAGUUCAUAUUUUUGAGAGACCUGUCUAGUUCCUUACAUUCAUUUCAUUAACAGAGCAAUUGGGCAUGUGGUUUUUUUUUUUUAAAACAAGCAAUGGAAAUUCUUCAGGGCUGCACACUAGUUCUUUGUAAAAUUACAUGAACCACCUUCAAAACAGUUUAAUAUUUUUCAUAAACUGGCUUAUUAUUCAAAGGGGUUUAAUUAGCGUACAGUAGGUUCACUGAAUUUCUUUUUUUGGUAGAAAUUUCUGCUUCGAAUAACUUAAAAGCAACUUUGGUUAAAAGAAACACUUUAUUCCCUGUAAGUUGUGUAACUAAUCAGAAGUGAUUUAUACUAGGUUACAUGGCUACAUCUAUGCAGUACAUUUUGACAUAUCACAUACCUUGUUGCUCUGACUUAAGCCUAGUGUUUGUUUUUUAACUCAUUUGAAAGGCCACACUAUGAGAUAUUGUUAAAUCUGUUCUACUUGAACAUAUGGUGUUUACAAAUGUAUGCGCACACUAAACACCUGGACCCAGACACAGUUACCCCAACUAUUUGUUCAUCCUGAUUGUCCCAGUGUUGUGUAAGGACACAAAUGCCCAUCAGCUGUCAUUGAAUUAGUAAGAUCAACAAAGGAACAGUACAUAAACAUUAUGGGGGAAAUGGGCUAGAUACACCACAUUGUGCAAUGACAGAUUUAAAACAUCCACAUUUUUUUAUAUAGAGUGAAUGAUUCUGGUAGGCUUUCAAUGGUGCCCAGUGCUUCUAAUUAGUGUGAGGAUAUAUGGGUUUUCAAGAAAGAAACAUUUUAUUUAUGUCACAACCCAAUUUUAUAUUGUUUUUUUUUUUGUCUUAAAUGAAAGUCUGAAAUUGUUUUUUCUACAAUAAAGACUGUUUUAUUGCUCAAGUUAA